AACACUUCGUAAAAAUGGCGACUCCCUGGUGAACCGAUAUUUUCAGCGAUGGCUAAUAUACUUUCUGCACGUGUUCUAUGUCGAUGUGCAUACAUUCUUCUGAGUGUUUUGAUUACGGAUGCAAAGAGCAAUGUCGCAAUCCAUUUUCUAGUUUUUCAGCCGUCGUAUCUCGUCACAUCUGGACCUAGAUUGUCUGCUUUCUUGCUUGGAAACACAUCUGGCAUAUCCCUGACCCUGAGCUCUCUAUCGCUCUCCAAUCCCCCAGAUCGCCUUCCACCCCCAUCAGGCUCAGAAAAUCUGACACAGUGGGUUCUCACACAGGAGUUGGUGGGCAAGACUACAGUGCGAGUGCAGCUGAGUCUGAACCGCAGCCUGCUCCUGUGUGGUAAUAAUAAUGACACAGACUGCUGUCCUGAGCCACUGUGUGUGCUGGAGACUCUACGUGUGUCUGCCUGUCUGGGGAACACAUCUCAGGCUUCACUGCUAAUCCAGGCUAGGAUCUAUGCCCAGGUGUUUCCCACUGAACCUGUGUCUGACAACAAAACAGUAAUUCCCAACCAAGUGUACCGGCCCCUGGGCUCCUGUUCCUGCGACCUCACUGUGGGAGCCUGUGAUGUGCGAUGCUGCUGUGACAAGGACUGUUCCCCUGAAGCCCUGAAGCUGUUUCAGGGCCAGUGUCUUUCGGGGCCCUUUGGAGGGGAAGUUUCUCCAGUUCCUGAUUACCUGUGCAUUGCACAGUCUGCUGAAAAUGCCCCUGAUUGGUUUCCAUUUCUCUGUGUCAUCUCCCUGCCUGAAAACAAUCCCUUCCUUGGACUCUUUUAUGAAGGGGACACAAUCACACCAAAGCCCAGGCCAUCUUUCCAAAGGCCAGUGCUGUCGGCUCCACUGCCCACCCAUAUCUACCAGCAGGGGGAUCCCAUUUUUACCAUAAGUGAUCAGUAUUUCACCAUUCCUCAGAACUCCCUGGUUGGCCAGUGUGUAGAUAAUGCCCCUGUGGCAUUUUUGAAAAACUUCCAAGCGCAGUGUGUGACCCGUCUCCUUUCCUGCCCAACGGGACCCCCCUUACAGACGACACCAACUGAGCUGAGGGUGCAAGUCAGGGAUGGCCAAGGGGGUGUGGUCACAGUGGAUGUCACAGAUAAAAUGGCUGUUGAUCUGAGGCCCUUUGUCGCGAGUCCUGUGGCUGAAGAUGGCAGACUGCUGUGUGAAAAUGUGACCUUGGCCUUAAAUUACAAAUUCUUCUGGAAAGGGAAUGGUCUCACAAAUAUCACACUAACCCGCAUACUUGGGAAUGUCCUUUCUGCUAGUGUGGGUUUGACAGCCAGCUAUUCAGUUGUGUUUCUGAAUGGAAAUGCUUUGGCUCAGCCCAACUCGGGGAACCCAGGUUACCAGGUGGGCAGGCCUGUGAUUGGUGGGAUUGUGAACACCUUGGAGAAUGAAACAGUCAUACAGAGGACCCCAGUCAAUCUUUGGAAGCCAGUAAGCAGUGGACUGUGUGCCUCUGAGGGGAGAAUAGUACUAUUUGGGGAGAACUCAACUGCAGGAUGUCUGUUACCUGUGAGCCUACAGAACCUGACCCAAUGUAGCCUGCUUAGUCAGAAUGUGGCCUCUCUUCAGAGAGCACUGAGCACAGCAACACACAUAGCGAGGAAUGGAGACCCAGAUGUUCUGAACCUGACUGACUGGUUGAACAUUAGCUUUGUAGAACUGAACUCCAACCAGCCUGUGGGUGGUGGUAUUGGAAUAUGUUCUGGGAUUCCCUCCCACCGGCACAUCCACGUUACGAGCAUUGUGACAGAGGUGGUGGGGGGGUUGCCUCAGCGGGAGAUACAAGCAGUGGAAGUCAGUGACCAUGUGUCCACUUGGAAGUUUGAGUGUGGAGGGGGUGACCCCUGUCUGGAGCCGACUAGGAUUCAGACUUUCCCUGUCACCUCCUCCAUCACCUUCACUGAUAUCUCCAUCAACACAGGACCACCCAAAACCAGGUUUCAGAUUAACUUUACUGAGUAUGACUGCGACAGGAACGAUGUGUGCUGGCCCCAGCUUGCCUUCCCCCUCACCAGGUAUUAUACAGGUGAGUCGUACUCCCUGUCUCUGGCCAAGGGCCUCAUCUUGGUGUUUUUCUUCAUCGCUGCCUCCAUUCUCGGGACUCCAUGGAAACAGAUCCGACAGGCAUGGAGAAGUGCUUCUCUCUAAACCAAUGAAUCUGAGAAAGAGAGCAAUAGUAGACAUACUGACAUGCCCUAGUUCUUGACGUGGGCUACCCACCUUGACCAUGACUGUCUAAUGGCUUACAUUUUCUUGCUCCUGCUGAAAGAUAAUGGAUGAACAUAUUGUUAUUGAGCUAGUAAACAGCCAGUAAGUAAGUAAUUUUCAGGUGGUAAAUUCAAACAUGUUUAGCAGGUUUCUUUCAUGGUUGGUAAGAAGGUAAAUUAUCAAGUUGACUGUAUUUUGAUAUUUUUGUUACCUUUUGGAAAUUUUCAUUUUUGAUUUAGGCUUGAAAUGUGAAUCUGGCCUUAUUUGUCACAUGCGUCGAAUUCAAUGGGUGUAGACUUUACUGUGAAAUGCUUGCUUACUAGCCCUUCCCAAAGAUGCAGAGUAAAAAAACAAUUAUAGUAAAAAAUGGUAACUCGAGGAGUAAAAUACACAAGAAUGGAGCAAUAUACAGACAGGGAAUACCAGUACCAGAUCAAUGUGCAGGGGUAUGAGGUACAGUAUUUCAGGUAGAUAUGCAAAUGAAGACAGGGUAAAGUGACUAGGCAUCAGGAUAGAUGAUAAAGAGUAAAAUAAAGAACAGAGUAGCAGCAGCAUAUGAUGACUGCAGAAGUGUGUGUGUGUUUGUGUAUAUGUAGUGUACAGUGCAUUUGGAAGUAUUCAGACCUCUUCACUUUUUCCACAUUUUGUUACGUUACAGCCUUAUUCUAAAAUUGAUUCAAUUGUUUUUUUUUCUCCCCAUCAAUCUACACACAAUACCUCAAUGACAAAGCAAAAACAGGUUUUUGAAAUAUCACAUUUUCAUAAUUAUUCAGACUCUUUUUACUCAGUACUUUGUUGAAGCACCUUUGGCAGCAAUUACAGCCUCUAGUCUUCCUGGGUAUGACGCUACAUGCUUGGCACAUCUGUAUUUGGGGAGUUUCUUACAUUCUUCUCUGCAGAUCGUCUCAAGUUCUGUCAGUUACACAGCUAUUUUCAGGUCUCCAGAGAUGUUCAAUCGGGUUCAAGUCCAGACUCUGGCUGGGCCACUCAAGGACAUUCAGAGACUUGUCCCGAAGCCACUCCUGCGUUGUCUUGCCUGUGUGCUUAGGGUCAUUGUCCUGUUGGAAGAUGAACCUUAGCCCCAGUCUGAGGUCCUGAGCGCUCUGCAGCAGGUUUUCAUCAAGGAUCUCUCUGUACUUUAUUCCAUUCACCUUUCCCUCGAUCCUGACUAGUCUCCCGGUCCCUGCCACUGAAAAACAUCCCCACAGCAUGAUGCUGCCACCAUCAUGCUUCAGGUGAUGAGCGGUGCCUGGUUUCCUCCAGAUGUGACGAUUGGCAUUCAGGCCAAAGUGUUCAAUCUUGGUUUUCAUGGUCAGAGUCCUUUAGGUGCCUUUUUGGCAAACUCCAAGUGGGUGGUCAUGUGCCUUUUACUGAGAGUGGCUUCUGUCUCGCCACUCUACCAUAAAGGCCUGAUUGGUGGAAUAAAGGAGAGAUGGUUGUUCUUCUGGAAGGUUCUCCCAUCUCCACAGAGGAACUCUGGAGCUCCGUCAGAGUGACCAUCGGGUUCUUGGCCAUCUCCCUGACCAAGGACCUUCUCCCCCGAUUGCUUGGUUUGGCCGGGUGGCCAGCUCUAGGAAACGUCUUGGUGGUUCCAAAUGUCUUCCAUUUAAGAAUGACGGAGGCCACUGUGUUCUUGGGGACCUUCAAUGCUGCAGAACUGUUUUGGUACCCUUCCCCAGAUCUGUGCCUUGACACAAUCCUGCCUCGGUGCUCUACGGACAAUUCCUUCGACCUCAUGGCUUGUUUUUUUGCUCUGACAUGCACUGUCAACUAUAGGACCUUUAUAUAGACAGGUGUGUGCUUUUUACAAAUCAUGUCCAAUCAAUUUAAUUUACGACAGGUGGACUCCAAGUUGUAAAACAUCUCAAGGUUGAUCAAUGGAAACAGGAUGCACCUGAGCUCAAUUUUGAUUCACAUAGCAAAGGGUCUGAAUACUUAGGUAAAUAUUUUUAAAACAUUUGCAAACAUUUCUAAGAACCUGUUUUCACUUUGUCAUCGUGGGAUAUUGUGUGUAGAUUGAGGACAUUUUUAUUCAAUACAUUUUAGAAUAAGGCUGUAAUGUAACAAAAUGUGGAAAAGGUGAAGGGGUCAGAAUACUUUCCCGAUUGCACUGUAUGGGAAUGUGUAAAGGUUUUGUGUGAGAGUCAGAGGUGUGUAUUUUUACAUAAACAUGCAAACACCCUCCAAUAGAAUUAAUAGCAAGCAGUGCACUGGGUUAGUCAGAUUUGAUUAAAUAUAUGAUGAUAUUCCCUCUCACAGGGUAGGUUGCCAAAAGUAACUAACUGAAAGCCACACUAGCAAUAAGCCACGGAUAUGACAGCAUUGAGGCAAAUGUCCCUCCACAUCCUCAUAGAUGAUCUAGACAACUUUUUCAAACCUUUCUGGAUUACAACAAAAUUCUGAUAAGUGUACUAGUGUCACGUCCUGACUUUAGUUCCUUUUUGGGCAUUCUAUGUGUUCUAUGUUUUUGUAUUUCUAUGUGUUUGGCCUGGUAUGGUUCUCAAUCAGAGGCAGCUGUCUAUCGUUGUCUCUGAACUUUGCGACCUUUUGCCACAUCUCAGGCUUCAAACAUAAAGAUAUAAAACUGUAUUUUUGUGUGAAGGAUCAACAACAAGUGGGACACAAUCAUGAAGUGGAACGACAUUUAUUGGAUAUUUCAAACUUUUUUAACAAAUCAAAAACUGAAAAAUUGGGCGUGCAAAAUUAUUCAGCCCCCUUAAGUUAAUACUUUGUAGCGCCACCUUUUGCUGCGAUUACAGCUGUAAGUCGCUUGGGGUAUGUCUCUAUCAGUUUUGCACAUCGAGAGACUGAAUUUUUUUCCCAUUCCUCCUUGCAAAACAGCUCGAGCUCAGUGAGGUUGGAUGGAGAGCAUUUGUGAACAGCAGUUUUCAGUUCUUUCCACAGAUUCUCGAUUGGAUUCAGGUCUGGACUUUGACUUGGCCAUUCUAACACCUGGAUAUGUUUAUUUUUGAACCAUUCCAUUGUAGAUUUUGCUUUAUGUUUUGGAUCAUUGUCUUGUUGGAAGAAAAAUCUCCGUCCCAGUCUCAGGUCUUUUGCAGACUCCAUCAGGUUUUCUUCCAGAAUGGUCCUGUAUAUGGCUCCAUCCAUCUUCCCAUCAAUUUUAACCAUCUUCCCUGUCCCUGCUGAAGAAAAGCAGGCCCAAACCAUGAUGCUGCCACCACCAUGUUUGACAGUGGGAUGGUGUGUUCAGGGUGAUGAGCUGUGUUGCUUUUACGCCAAACAUAACGUUUUGCAUUGUUGCCAAAAAGUUCAAUUUUGGUUUCAUCUGACCAGAGCACCUUCUUCCACAUGUUUGGUGUGUCUCCCAGGUGGCUUGUGGCAUACUUUAAACAACACUUUUUAUGGAUAUCUUUAAGAAAUGGCUUUCUUCUUGCCACUCUUCCAUAAAGGCCAGAUUUGUGCAAUAUACGACUGAUUGUUGUCCUAUGGACAGAGUGUCCCACCUCAGCUGUAGAUCUCUGCAGUUCAUCCAGAGUGAUCAUGGGCCUCUUGGCUGCAUCUCUGAUCAGUCUUCUCCUUGUAUGAGCUAAAAGUUUAGAGGGACGGCCAGGUCUUGGUAGAUUUGCAGUGGUCUGAUACUCCUUCCAUUUCAAUAUUAUCGCUUGCACAGUGCUCCUUGGGAUGUUUAAAGCUUGGGAAAUCCUUUUGUAUCCAAAUCCGGCUUUAAACGUCUUCACAACAGUAUCUCGGACCUGCCUGGUGUGUUCCUUGUUCUUCAUGAUGCUCUCUGCGCUUUUAACGGACCUCUGAGACUAUCACAGUGCAGGUGCAUUUAUACGGAGACUUGAUUACACACAGGUGGAUUGUAUUUAUCAUCAUUAGUCAUUUAGGUCAACAUUGGAUCAUUCAGAGAUCCUCACUGAACUUCUGGAGAGAGAAAGUAAAGGGGCUGAAUAAUUUUGCACGCCCAAUUUUUCAGUUUUUGAUUUGUUAAAAAAAUUGAAAUAUCCAAUAAAUGUCGUUCCACUUCAUGAUUGUGUCCCACUUGUUGUUGAUUCUUCACAAAAAAAUACAGUUUUAUAUCUUUAUGUUUGAAGCCUGAAAUGUGGCAAAAGGUCGCAAAGUUCAAGGGGGCUGAAUACUUUCGCAAGGCACUGUACUUUGGAUGGUGUCCAUAUUGAUCGUGUCCAUGCUUAUAAAUAUCUGGGCAUCUGUUAGAUGAAAAGCUGUCUUUUAAAAAGCACAUGGAUGAGUUAGUUAUAAGAAGCUGAGAAUGAAAAUGGGCUUCUUUUAUAGAAAUAGGUCCUGCCCCUCUUCAGUCGAUGUUCCUAUCUGUCCUAGACUUUGUCAACAUCUUCUAUAUGAACACAGCUGCCACUUGAUUAAAACCGUUAAAUGCAGUUUAUCAUGGCGCACUGUGCUUUAUUACGGGUGACAAUUUUGGUACAAAUCACUGCAUUCUCUACCAUAUAGUUGGUUGGCCUUUGAUGUCAUGUAUGUUGAUAUAUUGCUAUGUUUUCAUUUAUUACGCCCUUUUACAAAAAAGUCCUACUGUACCUAACAUCAUUACUAAUCUUUAGACAUAGGAGUUACCACACCCAGUCUCAAGGAUUGCAAACUCUGGAAAUUCCUUUGAUCUCUACUGAGUUAGGUAAAUCAGCGUUUAGCUUUCUUGCACCUUAUUUGUGAAACAAUCUUCAAAAUGUUCUCACAUUUUAUGUUCUGGUGCCACAUUUUAUGUUCUGGUGCCUCCAGGGCAUUUCAGAAAGCUGAUUGGGGACCUUAUUACUGAUUAAUGUUUUUUUUUUAAAUGUUUAUCUCAUUUAACCUUUAUUUAAUAAGGCAAGUCAGUUAAGAACAAAUUCUUAUUUACAAUGACAGCCUACCAGGGAACAGUGUGUUAACUGCCUUAUUCAAUGGCAGAACAACAUAUUUUGAAGACAUUUAUGACCGUGUUUUACUUUCUGCAUGUUGUAUUUAUAUUUUGAUGUGUGUAUUUUCUGUAAUUUAUGUAAUUCAGGGCUCAUCUGUAUAAAAAAAAGAGACCUUGGUCUCAAUAUGACUCCCUGAUAAAAUAAAGGUUUAAACAAUAA